AGCAAUGCGAGGUUGGUAACGACCAUUACAGAUGAGAUCUAAAAGAAUUAAUACGUGCAUCUCGAAUUGGUCAGUAUUUAAAAACUUCGGUAAUCGGAUGAUUUUACUAAAAUAGACAUUCUCUCUGGCGUUUCAGAGUUUACUAUGGCAUCAAAUAAAAAAGAGAAAGACAAUUUCGAGUGUAUCCUAGAAAUUAUGAACGUCCCCGUCAUGGAGGGUCUUCGAGAAGUAUUUAAACAGGAAUGGGACAAACAGUAUGGUGCCACGAAAGGUUUGUGGGAUGAUACUUGUAUAUCUGGAAACGAAUUGUUUAAUAUGGAAGGCUCAAUUCGUGCCGCAAAAACUUUUCUUCCAGUUUUCAGGUCCGGACGAAGAGCCGAUUGGGAUUGUUCGGCUUUAUCAUACGCUAUUCUGUAUUCAACAGCGCUUCAGCCCUAUAUUCCUGCUCAUGUCAGAAAUAACGUUGAUGCGUUACGAAUUCUCCGAAAUAAUCUGGCACACGUUAUCUCAACACAGCAUAAAUUGUCCGACGUUGCUUUCGAAAAUGUAUACAGAAAGAUAAAGCAAAGCUUUAUUGCACUAUCGCUUCCUACCGCAGACAUAGAAAAAGUCCGGAAAUCAAGAAAUAAAAGGCAUGGUUCUAUUUGCACUGCCCGCUCAAUACUUGUUAUGACAAUAGUCUUUUUAGCGACAUCUUGGUUAUUGGCUAAAAUAAUUUUUCGUAAUAAAUUAUAUUUUACGGUGCUCCCGCCAAACCCAGGUCAUGCAAUUGUCAAUCGAAGUCAAAUUGUGGACGGCAUUCUUGACGAAUUGAGAAUUCUCUCUUCCCGUAAUAAUCGUGCGUUGACAUAUCUAUAUAUUUCGGGCCCACAAGGGAGUGGUCGGUCUCAAAUGGCUAGGUUAGUUGGUCAGCAGUAUCUUGGAGAUAGCACCAGUGGGUGGUUUGGCGACAUUUCAUUUGUGAUGACUAUCGACGGCAGGUCAAUACUUCAUGUCCUGAAUUCAUACGUCGAACUUGCAUACCGCUUGAAUUGCACUGAAAAUGACGUUGAUAGAAUUUUUUUUUCAAAUCAAAGCACUGGAGAAAAGGUAAAGAAAGUUCUCUUAGAAAUUGAAAAGAAAUUGGACGUCAAUACUAAAAUCACUUGUCUGAUAAUAGUACUAAAUGUACUAAAGCUUGAUGAAAUAGUCCCAUUCCUCCCUUCAAUAAAAGAUGAAAGUUGGCAAGGUGGUCAAGUGUUAAUUACCACACAAAACAUAUCUGUGCCGCCAAAUGAUUCGUCAAGUGUCCAUGUGUCGGUUAGACAAGGAAUGCACCCAACAGAAUCUAUUACGCUUCUUACAGAUCUUUCGGGGCUUUUUGAACAUCGAGAUUUAGUAAGUGAAGUUGCCAAAGAGUUAGAUCAUCAACCUCUUGCUUUGGUGUCCGCUGCGUUAUACAUGAAAAAACGUCGCGACAAGAAGAUGCAAAUAACAUGGAAAGGUUAUUUGCGGGAGCUGGAUCAAGAGAAGCGAAACUUGGCGAAAAUGAAACAGGGCGAAUAUACGAAUGCCUUUUUUUCAACGAUGUACGCGGCUGUUUCACUAGCAAUCAGGUGGAUUGGCGAAAAUGACUCUGUUAUGAAACACGCCUUCACAUUCUUUUCCUUUUUGUCGCAUGAACCCUUACCACUUUCUUCCGUGGGAGCUUUUACGCAGCAUAUCGAUCGAGGCGCUUACAGCACGUACGAAAAAAUUGAAGAAUGCUCGCUUUUUCUCUCUUCAGAACAUGGUGAAUUAGUUUUAAUAUCUUUGAACUCAAUUGUACAUACAAUUAUCAAUCUAUAUAUUUCCAAUUACGUGGAAAAAGAUGAAAAUCUUCCACGCAUUGUGUUGCAAUUUCUUGUGUUACCUGGAUCGUCAUUCUUGAAUCUGUAUUAUGUCCCCCAUCUGAAGUCAUUUUAUAAAGAAGCAAGUAGUCUUCCAACGCGUACGCGCGCUGGUCCCAAAGCUAAAGGAUUUGAGAUAUAACAUGGUUAGGCGUAUGCAAUACUUAGCUUUAAUUUUAAAAGCAAGCAAUGAAAACAUUUUAUUCAAGUACUAUGAAGAUCUAUGUUUUCAGAUACUUCGCACGUUUGACUAAUUUUAACAAUGCCAUAGAUCUCAGAAACUGUAUGAUUAUAUUAUGCUACUAGCAUAAAGCAAAAUCUAAACUGUGCAACUACUGUAAAAAAAAUUGUGUACAACCAAUCGCAGCCAGCCGGACAAUUUGUCCCGCUAUGCUAAUAUUUUGGUGUUCUUGACAUUAAAAACAAUAAAUUUCCAACGACAUGAAGAAUUAUUAUAAAUGGAACUUUACCUAGCGGGACAAAUUGUCAGGCUGGCUACGCCACUGUGUACAACACGACACCAUUCUAUCUCUUUGUAUUUUAGUUUUACGAUUAUUCGCACCGGCAGACAUUGAAAAUAGGCCUGAUUGCCAGUGGAGCUAUAUUAUAAUGAGAGUCAAGUCCAAUUUUCAACAAAAACGAUUUGUUUUAAAGCCCAGAACAUAAUUAUGAUG